AUGUACACUUCCUCACCGUGUGCUUCCUCCUCCAGGUGCCUCCUGAUGAUCCUCACAGCUCCUCCAGCUGCUCUCGGGGGUGACGAGAUGGAACCUUGCGCUGGUCUGGACUGCUCAACCUGUCAGUGUUUCCCAGCCAAAGGAGCGAGGGGUUCUCCAGGUCCUCUGGGCCGGCAGGGCCCUCAGGGGCCUCCAGGCUUUCCGGGCCCUCAAGGGCCACCAGGAGAGAAAGGCCACAGGGGGAACGAGGGGCCGAGUGGACCUGCAGGACCAAAGGGAGACUUGGGGAGUGUCGGUGUUCCUGGAUUUCCUGGUUCAGAAGGACUCCCGGGUCACCCUGGUCCCGCUGGAGGUCCUGGGUUUCCAGGUCUGGAUGGAUGUAACGGAACCAGAGGAGAGAGAGGAGAACCUGGAUUUCCUGGAGUGUAUGGACCUGAGGGAGUACCGGGUUUUUCAGGAUUGAAGGGAUUUCCUGGAGAUCCAGCGGUCUACUUCAUAGACUACCCUGGAAUACCUGGAGACGUGGGGACUGCGGGACCACCUGGUCUGCAGGGUGAACUGGGUCUCCCUGGUCCAUCAGGGGCUGAGGGUCCUCCAGGACUGGACGGGACAAAUGGUCUCCCAGGUCUGCCUGGCUUCAGAGGUCCACCUGGAGAAAAGGGUCGAUCUUUGCCGGGACAGAAAGGAGAAGAGGGGGAUCAGGGCCCCCAAGGGCCUCCAGGACCAUACGAAUAUGUCGACCUUCCAGAAGACCUUUACAUCAAGGGAGAAAAGGGUUCUCGAGGUAUUAAAGGAGUCUGUGGAAUUCCUGGAGUGCCGGGUACAGCUUCUCUCCAUGGGAUCAAAGGAGAGAAAGGGAUUGUGGGAUUUCCUGGACCGAGGGGAUUUUCUGGUAUCCCAGGUAGGAUCGGGGUGAGAGGAGUCAUGGGGAUACAAGGAAGUCCAGGUCUGCCAGGUCUGAUUGGCCGAGAGGGUCUAAAGGGCAUGAUGGGAGAUCAAGGUCCAAAAGGCCUCCCUACGGUUGUGGACGUCAUCUUAACAGGUGACAUUGGAGACCCUGGUGCCCUGGGACUCAGAGGCCCCCCAGGAGAUAUGGGGCUAAUGGGAAUGCACGGCCCCCGAGGAGCCCCUGGCAGGUCCAUACCUGGAUCAGCUGGGUCUGUAGGUCAGGUAGGUGUUCUGGGAUCCAAAGGGGACAGAGGGGAUCCAGGUGAGGUGUAUAAAGGACCCACACCUGGUGAACCCGGAAAACCAGGACGCCCUGGACCCCUAGGACUGAAAGGAGAACCAGGAAUUCCAGGUAGAUACUGUCUUUCUGGGGCCACUGGAGAGUCUGGAGAGUCAGGUGAACAGGGUCCUCCUGGGGCUCAAGGUUUUCCAGCUUUCAAAGGUAGUCGUGGCGAUUGUUCUUGUGGCCCCCCUGCUGAAAUCAGGGGCCCCCCAGGACCUGUGGGUGAUGCUGGGUCUCCAGGGUUUCCAGGAGCCACAGGGGUCCCAGGGUUUAGGGGGGAGAAAGGUUUACCUGGAGACACCGGAGAGCGUGGCGAACAGGGUCUUGCUGGAUUUCCAGGUGUCAAAGGGUUUAAAGGACAGAGGGGAGAUUAUAAUGUGGUGGAUAUAAAAGGUGAGAAAGGAAACAGAGGCCAGCAAGGACCUCCAGGAAGACAAGAAUUCUCAGGGAGAAGAGGACUUGAUGGGCUCCCCGGGGCCCCUGGGAACUCUGGUCCCCCGGGUCCAAGUUUCCCCAGUUCUCCUGGAGACAGCGGGUUCCCAGGGUUCCCCGGGCAAAAGGGGUUAGCAGGACCAUCAGGCCCUGUGGGGACAAGUGUUAUUGGGGCCAUAGGACAAAGAGGGGCCCCUGGAAACAUGGGACCUCCAGGACAACUUGGCUUUCCAGGGCCAAAAGGAGUUAAAGGUGACACUCUGCCCUGUGUGCCCAGAAACCCAGGACCUCCUGGAGAGAGAGGAAAAAAGGGAAAUAGAGGUUUCACAGGACUCCUGGGGGCUCCAGGUUUUCCAGGCCUCACUGGACCUGAUGGACUGAAAGGAGACAAAGGUCAAUCUGGACUUCUUGGACCACCUGGACGACAAGGACAGCCAGGUUUUGUUGGAGAUACUGGGGAUGAAGGACCUGAAGGCUUCAGUUAUAGUGGAGAUCCAGGCUCUCCAGGACUUCAAGGCUCUCCUGGACUCCAGGGCCUUGAAGGAGACUCCAAUGUAGGGCCAUCAGGACCUAUCGGCUUCCCUGGACCAUGGGGCUCUCAGGGUCCUAAAGGUGUACCUGGUCCUCCAGGGAAUGAUGGCGUACAAGGGGCCCUUGGUCUGUAUGGGAGCCCUGGAGCAGAAGGCCAAAGAGGACAGGAUGGGGCCCUUGGUAUAACGGGCCCCCGGGGUCCCCCCUCUGAUAGUUGUGAUGCUGGAAAAUCAGGUCCCAAGGGGCUUUUUGGCCCCCAGGGGCCGAUUGGCCCACCAGGAUGUAUUGGGGAGAAAGGAGACAUUGGAGAGGAUGGCCCUCCAGGUUUUGGCCCUAAGGGCUCCGAGGGAAAACCAGGCUCUUCUGGUUUCCCAGGUUACCCGGGGCUCCAGGGCCCCACUGGAGUAAAUGGAGAUUCAGGACUGCCUGGUCCUCGGGGUCAGAAAGGCCUGAUUGGGCCUCAGAGCCAAGAGGGAGUGCCAGGGUCCCCUGGACAGCCUGGGGCCACUGGAGCCCCAGAGGAGGGGUCCAGAGGGUUUGAUGGUCGAGGUGGAGCUCAAGGAUGUGAAGGCCCGAAAGGAGAGAAAGGCUGUAAAGGGGCUACAGGGCCUCUAGGAGACACCAAUGUUGUUUCCAUCAAAGGAGAGCAAGGGAAACUAGGACCCCCUGGCAUCUACGGCUUUCCUGGACCAAGAGGAAAUAAAGGUGCACGAGGAACAAUUGGUAAGCCUGGGUAUCCAGGCAUCAAUGGACCCCCCGGUAUAAUUGGUCUUCAAGGACCCUCUGGACCCUGUGGCAUACCAGGGCCCCCAGGACCACCUGGACGUCCAGGACCUCGAGGCCUCAUUGGCUUUCCAGGACAGACAGGAGAUUCAGGUGACUCAGGAUGUCCGGGGAAACCUGGAGAACCCGGUGCUCAAGGAUGUACUGGACCUAAAGGUGAUAUAGGAGACUCUAUUGGCAUCCCUGGUCCACCUGGAGGCAGGGGGCCUCCUGGAGACUUUGGGCCCUUAGGACCUCCUGGACCUCGAGGAGAUACUGGAGGUCCAGGUUUCAUUGGGGAUUCAGGACACAGAGGAUGCAAAGGAGAUCCAGGUUUUCAAGGUGACCAGGACAACAAGGUACAGAAGAUUAUCAGGACCAAACUGGGUGUUGUUGGUCCCCAAGGUCCUCGAGGUCGCCCUGGUCCCACAGGUUUUCCUGGUGAAGCAGGUGCUGAUGGUCCUCCAGGACCGCUGGGUUUCCAAGGACUCCAAGGUCCUCCAGGACCGCUGGGACUACACGGGCUAGACGGACUGAAAGGAGUGAAGGGCGACAUGGGAACCAGAGGUCUGGGUCUUCAAGGUACUCCAGGUGCUCAAGGUCUUCCAGGAGAUAAAGGUCCUCCAGGUCCUCAAGGACACUUUGGCACAUCACAGCCCGGCCCACAAGGACCCAAAGGUCUCCCAGGACCCAAAGGACCUCCAGGUGGUUUAGGACCUCCAGGUACACCUGGACCAGACUGUAAAGGUCCAGUCCCCGGGCCACGUGGAGAUCCUGGAUGUUCUGGAAGAGACGGUGAAUCAGGGUCUCCUGGGGACAUGGGGGAUCCAGGUCCAAACCCUCCGGUACUUGGAGACGAUGGGGACAACGGGGACACAGGGUGCAGGGGGCCUCAGGGUCCUCAGGGACCUUCAGGGCCUGGGGGAAUGCCAGGAAGCCCUGGAGGUCCUGGAGUCAAAGGUCUUCGGGGGUCUCAAGGUCUGAUGGGACUACCUGGAAAUCGGGGUCCUAAAGGUUGUUCAGGUUCCUCUGGCCCUCUAGGACCAAAGGUUUCAGGACCGGAUGGUCCAAAGGGGGAGAUGGGACGAGUCUCCGACUGUCCUCCUACCCCCAGCCCACAGGGAGCCCAAGGACCACCUGGUCCCCCCGGUCUGCCCGGAGAUCCUGGCAUCGAGGGAGAAAUUGGGCUGCUUGGACCAAAAGGUAAAAAGGGGGACAUUGGGUGCGAGGGACCAAAAGGCGAACCGGGGCCCCCAGGUUCAGAAGGAGAUCGAGGAGGGCCGGGCUGGAUGGGGCCGGCUGGAGUUACAGGAGACAAAGGUGAUCCAGGUCCAGUGGGUGACCCCGGUCAACCCGGGCCGAACAGGAAGUUGAACUCAGGCUUCCUGUUGGUGGUGCACAGCCAAUCAAAGAUGAUCCCUGCCUGCCCUUUGAACUUGAGGGUGCUGUGGGUGGGCUACAGUCUGCUGUACCUGGAGGGUCAGGAGAAGGCUCACACUCAGGACCUGGGUCAGGCGGGCUCCUGUAUGCAGGUGUUCUCCACCAUGCCGUUCUCCUCCUGUAACAUGGGAACCUGCUCCUAUGCCAGCCGCAACGAUAAAUCCUACUGGCUGUCCACCACGGCGGCCGUACCCAGUAUACCCGUGGGUGGAGCUGCCAUCGAGGAUCACAUUAGCCGCUGUGUGGUGUGUGAAGCCCCCUCCUCACCUGUCGCUCUGCACAGCCAGACCUCCACCCGGCCGGACUGCCCCCCCUACUGGACGAGCUUGUGGGAAGGAUUCUCCUUCCUCAUGCAUACAGGUGCAGGUGAUGAGGGAGGCGGCCAGUCUCUGACAUCAUCAGGUAGCUGUCUGACAGACUUCAGGGCCCAGCCCUUUGUGGAGUGUCAGGGGCCCAGAGGGACCUGCCACUACUUCGCCAACAUCUACAGCUUCUGGCUGAUCCAAGAGCAGACAACCACUUCCACCUCCACAACGCUGACCCAUGGCUGGGAACAGAGGGACAAAAUAGGGAAGUGCAACGUCUGCAUGAGGGAGUGAGGAGGAGCAGCACCUCCUCCUCCUGCAGAGUCUGAGAGGACGGACAGGACGAGAAACGUUUGUUUUUCUCUGUGAGGAGAGAGAGUCACAUUUGGAAGCUGCUGACAAUCAAUCAAUCAAUCAAUCAAUCAAAUAAUCAAUCAAUCAAGUUCAGGUUAACAGGGGAGCCUCAGAGGCGCACAGAUUAGUUUAUUUAACUUUUUAGCAAACACGACAGAAGACAAGUUUAAACUGGGUUUGUAGAUUUUAUCUUUAAGUGUGAAUCAAGGCUUUAAAUAUCUCUUUGAAUUAAACGAAAAACAAAUAUUCGAUUUAAAUACUGGCAUAAUUUCCACUAGAAAAAUCAGUUUGCUUAAAGCUCAA